AUGGAUAGAAAUAAUACUAUCCAAUACAUGGGAAGUCCCGUCCAUAUCAAUUUUAUCAGUACAGUGACCGAACUUGGGUUGGCAAACAAUGAGAGCAACACUGAGGUGUUGUCUUUUCUAAACGAAGAUGGGCAAAUAGAAAUCAUUUCAUUGGUUUUACACUCUCUUUCGACGUCGAAGAAUUUACCAAACAUUGAAGAUAGAGAACAACUCAUGUGGAUUGUUUCAACACUAUCAAAGACAUUUGUAUCGGAUAAAACGGCGGGAAUGAUAUCGUUAAUUGUUGCGUUAUAUGGGCGAUGGCUUCGCGAUGAAAAUGAACUCAACCGACCGCGGUAUAUCACUAACAACUACAAAGAAGCGGCAACUGUUCUAUUGGGGCAAAUGACUCUAGCCUUUUCCACGUUCAAAACCGUGAAAAGUGAGAUUCAAACGCAUGUGGAGUGUUGUGCGAGUGUUGUGAAUCUACUCUUUGAUUUGAUAGUAACGAAAAGAGGAAGUGAAAUGAACGAUUGGAUCACGACAUGUGUCUUUGGGAUGUUCGAGUCUUUUUUCAAAUUCUUCCACAAAGGGGAAAACGCAUCAGAACGACGCGAUAAUCCGAUGUAUAUUGAUUAUAUCCAUUUGAUGAAAAGACUCAUCAAUUUGCUCCACUAUUGUAUACUCCGAGGAGCAUCAACAGCUUCAAUGUAUUGGAAUAUUUUCAUUCAAAAUGCUUCGACGUGGUUCAACGAGAGUGAGUUUGUCUCCCAAUGGGGUGCUUCACUGUUAGCUCUUCAAGAAGCGUAUAUGAACCACAUUUUAAAUCCUUCGAGUGCUUCUCCGCACAUCAACUUUUUGUGUAAUACCGGGAAAAUCAUUCUUUUCGAUAUGGAAGAAAGUGUGACACAAGACAUGUGGCUGAGUUUCAUAAAACUCAGUAACGUUGAGUAUUCUAUAAUUGAACCAUAUAACGCAUUUCUGAUACAAGAGGCGAUCUCGAUGGCUAUGCACGACUUACUCUCAUACGAAGAAAUCGACAAAAAACUGCCCCCGCCCGAUGGGAAUGUCAUUUUAGAUUUGUUUGGAGAUAAUUGCACGUUGCCGAUCUUCCAUUUAGACUCGCGAUUCUAUUUGGACGCUAUGGUGACAUCCGUUGGGAACAUUUGUUCGUUUUUUGGAGAGACGCUGAAGACAACGACAUAUGAAGAGAAGUACCUCCAGCUACUCAUUCAUGUGAUUCGAACGGUGUUAUCAUCGAACGAGAUGUUAUUAGUCAAAAUGUGCAUCGACACCAUCGAAAAUGUGUUGGAACACCCCAUAAGCAAUUUACUUGAAAUCCUUCCACUGCUGUAUUCAUCGAUUUUGCAGUUCUUUGUGUACGCAGAAAGUGAUAAAGAAGUGGCCCAAUUACUGAACGCGUCCACAUAUAACACGUUUAUUAAAGUGCUCAACGCGUCUUUAGUUCAUUUUAAUAAAUAUUUGCUAUUACAGAAUGAAGGCAAAGUGGACGAAUAUGACGAAAUACUGUUGUGUACACUGUUACGAAAAUUGGUCAAAACAGAACUGUGUUCCACUCAUAAUUUCAAUUUGCUGUGCGACUUACUCACAUCAGUGUUUAUCACGUUCAUUCCUCAAGUCAAAAAGAUUGAGAACAUUAAAUUGGAUUAUCACGACAAUGUCACGGAAAGCGUGUUCCACUUGGCUUGGGGCGUCUUAUUUGAUGUCACACUCUUUGUCGAGAAAUCGUCCGACUUCAAGUUCCAACAACUCCAAUCCAUCUUCACUGUGUUUUUGACGAUUGCGCCAACGGCAAAAGCAAUUCCGAAGAACGGCCCGACAUUCACGGAAGCAGUGGUACAACUUGUCUUCUUUGUAUUUGCGUAUUUUGAAGGGCAGAAAAGUGUCAAAGAGAUCCCAGAAGUGCUCGUCAAUCUACUUAUAAGAGUGAUAAUGGAAUAUUUGAUUCUGGACAACACGUUACAGAACAGAUACAUCGGACUCUUACUUGAUAUUCUUGCUAAAAUUAGUCCACUUUUCCCUUCUCUGUCUUUGGAAUUCCAACUGUUGUUGGAGCAUUUCAUACAAUUUGAAAUGCCAAAGACAUGGGAACUCUUCCAAGACGGUAUUUUGAUUGAGCAAAAACUGUUAGAAAAACAGAAGAACCCGAUUGAACACAUCUCCAUGUUUAUGAAAAACAACGAUUUGUAUUCCCUUGUGGACGUUCCUUUGGAGAAUCAAAACACUCAGACUUAUAUAAUCAAACGAACUUCAUGCGGAUGUCAUAUGUGUAAGUGCGCUUUGAAUACACAACAGAGUACACAAACUAAUCGAAGUGUGACUGUUACUCCAAACAAAAACAUGCAAAUACUGAGAAUGACAAAUCCAUUGUUUUGUUGUGAUAAGUCUGAAACAUCCACAAAAGAAGAAGAGAUAAAAUUAUUGACAUUUGUUAUAAAUAAUAGAAAUAACAAGUCGAGUGGUAUAGACCCAUUUUCAACCACACUUGGUGCUCAGUUGAUUCACAGUAACAUCAUUGGAAUUUCAAGCGAUGAUGUUUGUCUGAAUGUCUGUGAAGAGUUGUUCCAACAAAUUCGAAUGUUGGAUGAGACGAAAUCAUAUUUCACUCACACUGUAUUAAUCGAUUAUCCACAAGACAUUCCGCUCACAGAAUAUUUUGUGACAUUUUUAAAUCAAAUAUCCAAAACUCAAACAUUUUCAAGACAGAGUCAAACAACUCAAAUGGAAGAACAAAGGAAGUUUAUAUCUAUUGACACGACCGAUGGAAACUUCAUUUGCGAAUGCCCCGCGGCUUUUAAAACAGCCCAAAAGGAGAGUUAUGACAUCCAAAUUAUUGUGAAUGUCACAGAAAGGUAUUCCCCAAAACUCAUUGCGAAAACAGUUCUUGUUUUGUGCCCAAUAUCAACAUUCACACUCAAAAUCACGUCAAUGAUUGACUCGAAAAUCGUGUCGACCUUGUUCAUCAAUAAAAAGUCGUUGUCUCUCCACUUCCCACAAAUCGUGUUCCGCCUAUUUGUCCAUAACUUCAACACACUUUUAAACAACAACAGAAAGCGCCAAGAAAUUAUCGACACCAUCACAAAGACGUUUUCAUACAAAAACGGGAGGACAGGACUGUUUUUAUUUAAUAAUGUCACACAAAAGAAUUUAGAAAAGGCGCAAACUAUCAACUUCAGUAGUGUUACCGAACACCCUCCAAUAUCUCCUGUCGACACUCCUCAAAGUUUUAAAGUGAAAAAUGGGAUGGUUCUCCCACAAACAAUCGACAAACAAAUACUCGAUUUGAAGAGUCACCCCACCCCAGAAAUUCCAUUGUUCCACCUCACACAAAAUGAUCUCAAACAAGAACAAGAGGAACACGCGCGACUCAAAAACACGAUUCGGUCACAAGACACAACAUUGCCACGCUUCUAUCCAUAA